AUGGACCAGACAGCACAAACAUUACCUACGCUCGAGCCUGGUCCCCUAGCCGUACAUGUACCUAAUGAAGACCUUCAACUCUUGCGCGCCAUAAUUCAGGGAUUCAACCAAAUAGCGGAAAAUCUGAUUCGCAAUGGUGCCGGAUUACGCCCUCAUAACCAACACGAGAACUUUGCUACCGGUCUUCAGGCUGCUGCCUACCAUGGCGAGCUUGACCUGAUAGACCUCCUUCUGGAUGCAGGAGCUAAUAUCAACGACACUGGAGGCUGUUAUCAAUCUGCAUUGCAAGCUGCUGCUUGCCGUCCUGGUCAGGGCGAGGUUGUCUCAUUGCUUCUAAAGCACGGCGCUGAUGCCACAAUCUGCGGCGGUCGGUACGGUUCCGCCCUUCAAGCGGCCGCUUAUGCCGGGAAUGCUGGUGUCGUUUCUGAUCUCGUUGCACAAGGAGCAGACGUCGACGCUCCGGGUGGUGCUUACGGUACAGCGCUACAAAUAGCUGCAUUCCGGGGGAGUGAAGUGCUCGUUGACACUCUUCUCCGAUCCAAGGCUAAUGUCAAUGCUGAACCAGGUCCCCUGGGGACUGCACUGCAACUGGCUAUACAGAACAAGCAUUUUCUGAUAGUGAAGAGGCUAGUUGAGUCGGGGGCGAGAGUCGAUGUACCAGGCGGCGGAUUGGGGACAGCCGUCGAUUCCUUACAUUUGAUGCAAACGCGUCGCAUUUUCCUCAGGAGGGAGAUGGGCUCCGACCAACAACGAAAGACCCUUCAAAGACUCUUCAACGAGGCAAUCAACGAAGACAUACCAGCCAAUGAUUUUGCUGUUACCUUACACGCUGCUGCACUUCAUGGAAGAGUGGACAUUGUUCGACAGUUGUGGCGGCAGUGGGGGAGCACAAUCUCGGAUGGUGGUCAGUAUGAUGCUGCACUUCAGGUUGCAUGCUCUUUUGGGCAGAAGGACGUCGUAGAGUUCCUCCUAGAAAUUGGGAUAGGUGUAAGGAAUGCCGUGGCCUUCUUCGGGUAUCCUCUGCAAGCUGCCGCGUAUGGUGGGCACGCAGCCAUUAUGCAAUUGCUCCUUGACAAGGGGGCUGAUGUCAACGCCCAAGGCGGGCGAUAUGGCAACGCUCUUCAGGCUGCAGUGCUGUAUGGACAUGUCCAUAUAGUUCAAGACCUCCUAAAUGCCGGUGUCGAAGUCAAUGUCACAGGCGGCGAAUACGGUUCUGCGCUCCAAGCCGCCGUUGCCUGCGAGGGCUCGGACAGGGGAACCCUAAUAGCCAUCCUGCUGGGCAAAGGAGCGAAUGUAAACGCAUACGGGGGCAAAUUCGGCACAGCUUUGCACGCUGCAGUGUUCCGUCAUGACGUUGAAGUGGUUCGCCAGCUCAUCCAUGCGAACGCAGACGUUAACAAGAUACAUGAAGGACGGUAUGGGUCCAUUUUGCACUGUGCUUGCAUGACUGAGGACGUUUGGCAUGAAUGGGAGGAAAAGCCCGGCAUUCAACUCGAGCUUGUCAAGAUGUUACUCGCAAACGAUGCAAAUGUGAACGCCCGAGGUGGCCUAUAUGGUACUCCCCUUCAAGCAGCCGCUCACUACGUUGGACCUAGUCUUUGGCCAUACGUCAAUAGCCAGAUUGAGCUCCUAAACUUAUUACUUGUCAACGGUGCAAGUCCGCGAAUCGUCGAUGGGAAAUACGGAACGCCCCUACAAGCCGUCUUCGGCGGUUGUCAUGCCACGGGCCGUGAGCCCAGCGACCAGAUUUUGGAUGUGCUUUUGCAUUAUAUGGACACAAAAGACAUUAAUAUUCAAGCCGGAGACUAUAGCUCAUCUCUACAAGCUGCUGUUGCCAACAGAUCAGAUCGAGUUGCACGACGUCUUAUCGCCCUUGGGGCUGACGUAAACAUAUCUGGUGGAAUCCAUGGCGGCAUCGUUGAAGCUGCUUUAUCCUUCCACCACGAGCUUGCAAGAGAUCUCAUCAGCAUCCAUCAUGCUAAAGUUGACCUUGAACAUGGCCAUAAUAGAUAUCCACUGGCCAAGGCUGUGGCCACGGCAGACAUCGAUCUGGUAAACUUACUACUGGACAAUGGAGCUAGCAGUACAGUUCGGGUGCAACUAGGAGGGCUCAAUGCCCUCGACCUAUCGGCUACGCUCGAAGAUAUUAACAUCCUGAAGCGAAUCUGGGAUUAUAUUGGGGCAUUUGAGCCUGAUGAACUUCAGACCGCUUUGCAAGCAGCCGUUCGUCACGGGCGAGUUGCAUCGGUUGACUUCUUAAUCAAAAGAGGAGCGCAGAUUGAUGCACCAUCACCAGCGCUAGAGACGCCUUUACAGACUGCCAUUGCCUCAAAAGACUCUGCAAUGGUAGAUCACUUACUAAAUCAUCAUAAGGCUUCAAUCAAUUGUCAGUCUGGCUUCCAUUGGACUGCUCUGCAAGCGGCUAUAUCUGUCGGGGAUCCUAAAGCUGGCUUGGUACGCAAGCUUAUCAACCUUGGCGCAGAUGUGAAUUUCCAGGGGGGGAUAUUUGGGACAGCUCUCCAAGCUGCAGCCAGCAAGGGAGACAUUGAGACAGUGGAGUUGCUCCUCGAUUCCGGAGCCGAUGCCACCGUACCAGGAGGACAAUACGGAACCUGUCUACACGCUGCUGUGGUUUCUGGGGACUCUCUGAUCAUACUUAGAAUCAUUGCAGCUGGAGGCAGGAUCGACGCCCUGGACAACUCAAGACGGACUCCAUUACAUCUCGCGGUACUCAAGGGAAAUAUAUCAGCUGUUGAACAACUACUGCAUUACGGCGCGAGAGCGAAUAUCAAGGACUCCAAUGGUCUUUUGCCUAUACAUGUGGCAAUCCAGCAGCGUGACUGCCGGAUAGCUCUCAAGUUGUUACCAACGAGUGGUCAAAAAUUUCUUUCCGAUAUACCCGCCACUGAAUGGAGAGCGACAUUAACAGGCCCUUUCAACUCUCAUCUGGAAAUUAUUGCCGCAGAAUCUACGACUGUGUCAAAGAGAUUGGACCCCGACCUCCGAUCCGGAAACUUCCCCCUGCUUCAAAGGGUCUAUACACAGACGCAAAACUACCGCCACUACAUGCUGCCCGAUAGCACCAUGCCAUACGAAGAAGAAAUAGUCUUAGCCGGACAGGACAAGUAUGAUGCUAUGGCAUCAAAUGCAAAGACGAGACGAAUCUUUAUUUUGCGAGACGGAGUUCUAUUUCAGUCUGCUGCGACUGGCACAUUGAGUGUGUGUUGGACAAAGGGCACAGGUGGACGAUGGGUGUCACAAGAAAACCACGUCCCUUCCGCGUCAACACUGGGCCUCCUGGAGCCAAAUACUUGCUUCUGCUACUGUCGGUUCACGACUCCAUCAGUUGUCUUGGACAAUUCAUCUCAGGCUUCCUGGCCAACUCUGUCUCCCACAUCGGAGCUUGACAUGAGACGUUCCACAACAAUCUGCGGGAUUGCCUGGAUCCACAUGUUUGGCACGAGGGGUAUCGAAAGUGAUGAGCAAAGCGCCACUGGGCCGAGAAUCUUCUUCAGCACGUCGAAUUACGCAGAAGUGCCUGACGACGCUUGGGAUCUUCUCUUGCCCCUUAUACAACAACUAGCGCAGAAUUGGGCCAAGACUAUACAAUCUGCAGAGACAUAUCUCCUCACAAAGCGUAGAGAUGUCCUUGCAUCACGAGGGAGCAACCCCCAGAUUAUUAGAGACUUGCUGGGAGACGCCCUGCUCUGGGAUGAGCUUCUAAAUGUCCAUACAGAUCAAGUUCGCGAGGUAAAGGAUUUCAUGGUUACAUAUCGGAGUAGCCAAUGGUCAGUGCUUCGGCCGUCGACAAGCAAAGCUGCUAAGCCCGAUAUACUCAGAAUGGAGGACAAAAAAAUGCUGUCUCUUAUCGAUGAAGUUUAUAAUGAGAAAUUAAAGGCGGCAGCUAGGACUACUCAAGACCUAAUUCAGCUGGAAUUCAACCUCACCUCCAUCCUGGAGGCUCAAAGAUCAACAUCAACAAAUAUUAGCAUGAAACGUCUGAGUUGGAUCACGUUCAUCUUCCUGCCACUGAUGUACAUGGCUACUCUUCUUGGCAUGAAUAUAGAUAUCCUCAGUGACAACCCUCCAUGGUGGUGGUAUUGUGUCCUCGCGGCGGUGCUGAUGCUGCUCACAACAAUUGUGUGGUUGAUAUACAAGUACUCUCCAAAUCUCGAAGAUAGAAUCGAAAAUUACGUCGACCAACUCUUCGGUCUGUUCAAGGCUCCCACAGCCAAGCCUUGGGACAUCGAGCAAGGGUGGAAGCGGCAACUCACUCCCAGGGAAAACACAUUGCGGUUCCCGCUGUCGGGCAAAAAGCGCUCAUAG